AAUACAACCCACCAUUUAUUCUGUUAAAAGUGUAGAAGAAGACGACAAGGAGACAAGAGGAGGAAAAUGACAGGGCGCGCAAAAAGAAAACCCAAAUCGGCACAGGAUGUGAGCGCCUGUAAUGGAGACGUGAAGAAGAUGAGAACUGAUGGAUCCAAAGACGUACCGCUGUCCGAUGUGACUCCAGAACAGCGUGAGGAGUUGUUUCGACUGUACAGCUUUCAAAUGCCAGAAGAUCUUUUUCAUUUUUGGGAAUUCUGCAAGGAGCUUAGUCCUGAAAAUCCUUGUGGCGCACUGAAAGAGGCAUUGGACCUGCAGCUGGUCGGCCCUUUUGAAAUUCUGGCUGGAGCCCACAGAACCUCCAAGAACCCGCAGCUGAACUUCCACCUUCACUGGAGGCAUUUCUAUGACCCACCAGAGUUUCAGACUGUACUUCAGGGGAGUGAGGACAGCCAGCAUCACAUGGGCUACUACAGAGAUACCCCAGACUCCUUUCCUUCAUUUGUUGGGGAAAAUGAAGCUAAGAAGGACUGCACUAUAUUGCAGAUGGGAGAUAACUUGUUUGCUGCGGUCUAUCUGUACCUGCAGAGGAAGAGGAAGGAGAGAGGCAGUAAGAAAGGAGAGACUGGAGCGUGGGAAAGCUUGGAGACCAAACUAAAGGACAAAGCCGAGUCCCUCAACUUGUCUUUAGAGCAGAAAACCAAAGCAAUGAAACAGAGGGACAAGAGGGUGGUCACAAAGACGUUCCAUGGUGCCGGCAUCGUUGUGCCUGUAGACAAGAAUGAUGUAGGCUACAGAGAACUACCUGAAACAGACGCUGGUUUGAAGAAGAUCUGUAAAGCCAUCGCAGAGGCUCGAAAUGAUGAAGAUCGCAUUAAAGCUUUUGGACCUAUCCAGGAGAUGAUCACCUUUGUUCAGUUUGCUAACGAUGAGUGCGACUAUGGAAUGGGUUAUGAGUUAGGAAUAGACCUCUUCUGUUAUGGAUCCCAUUUCUUCCACAAGGUUAUAAAGCAACUUCUGCCCAUGGCAUAUAACUUGCUGAAAAGAAGCUUGUUUGGAGAAAUUUUGGAGGCCCACCUCUCCAGCCGAACCUCAGACAACCUGGAUCAACUCUCCAUGCAAUAAAAAAAAAAAGAAAUCUCCUGAACUUUUGCUGAUUUUAAAAGUUUUUUGUCCACAUGGUCCUGCGUUUUUUAUUCUCUGGUGUUGUUUUUGGCAUCUUGUCUUGUCCCCCUGUUGCUGAUGGAAGCAUUUCAGUAAUAUCUUUUAUUGUGUAAGUUAGAUGUGUAAUAAAGAUUUUCUAUAUUUUUUACAAUCUGA